GUACAUCUCGUUCUCCGACACUCUGAGGCAAUAAUUUGCAACACAGCCAUUCAUGGAAGCAUGAGUGACGAUGCUACUGGACGCGGGCCACAGUCGCUGUUAAGCGAGUUCUACCACCGCUUCAAUGGAUAUGUCCAUUCAGUCGAGACUGCCCUUGCGAAUCCGACAGAUUCGACAGUACUCGAGCGACUUGGAGAUGAUCUCAAUCAGUUUGGGCAGCUCGUCACCGAGCAUGCAGCGACAUUCCCUCCAGGUGAACUGGGCCACAUUCAAAAUGGUGUCGGUCUUAUGCUGUACGACAUCCGUCUGCAGUACCGCGAAGCCCUGGAUCAGUCUCACCACGGUCGGCCUGAAAUUGUGACACGGGCUCAAACUGGUCGGCCUGGUCGGCCUAGGAUCACAAUCGACCCGACUUGGCUAGAGUGGGCAUAUCAGCAUCGUUCGAUUGCAGGCCUCGCUCGUUUCUUGAAUGUCGGGCGAUCAACAGUCCGCAAUGCUCUACUGGAAUACCAGAUCGCCGAACCUCAGCAAAAUCCUUCCCACAUCUGA